AUGCCUCGCGACCCUCUCAUCGGCCUCGUCGGCAAGCCGUCGUCGGGCAAGUCCACGACGUUGAACAGCUUGACGGAUGCCACAUCCAAAGUCGGAAAUUUCCCUUUCACGACCAUCGACCCGCAGCGCGCAAUCGGCUACCUGCAGAUUGAGUGCGCGUGCGCGCGCCUCGGCGUAUCGGACCGGUGCAAGCCCAACUAUGGCGGCUGCCACGAGGGCCGCCGCAGCGUGCCCAUCGAGCUGCUGGACGUGGCCGGCCUGGUGCCCGGCGCACACAUGGGCAAGGGGCUGGGGAACAGGUUCCUGGACGACCUGAGACACGCGGACGCGCUAGUGCACGUGGUGGACGUGAGCGGAACGACGGAUGCGGAGGGUAAGGCCACGAGAGGCUAUGACCCUUCGAAAGAUAUCGAAUGGCUGCGGUUCGAAAUCGUGCGGUGGAUUCAGGGCAACCUCAUGGAGAAAUGGGGUUCGAUAAAACGACGGCACGUUGCCGUAAAGGCGACGCCGGUUGAGACAUUGCAGAACCAAUUUUCUGGUUACGGUAGUACCGCCGCUGUGGUCCAAAGAGUCUUGGACAAGCUACAAAUCAAAGAGCCCCUACAGGAUUGGUCAAACGAGACGAUCGAGCAGGUUGUCAAUGUCUUCACGGACGAGAAAUUUCCGACGGUGAUAGCGCUGAACAAAAUCGAUCAUCCCGAUGCAGAUAAGAACAUCGCGAAAAUAGCGAAACAGCAAGAUCCGAAGACGCUCGUCCUGACCUCCGCCAUUAGUGAAGUCUUCCUCCGUCGUCUAGCGAAGCAAGGUUACGUCAGGUACACCGAAGGCAGCGAGUUUGUCGACACGAGAGAAGACCUCAUCGAAGAUGGUGACCCCGAUGGUGGCGGUUUGAAAGAAAUGGACGAGAAGCUGAAGCAACGCAUCGAGAACCUGAAGGAUAUGGUGCUCUACCGCUUCGGCAGCACGGGCGUUGUUCAGGUGUUGAGUCGUGCGGCGGAGCUGCUCGGCCUGGUGCCUGUCUUCCCCGUUCGGAACAUCCACAGCUUUGCGUCGGGUUCUCAGGACAAAGCGGUGUUUAGAGACUGCGUCUUGGUCAAGAAGGGAUCUACGGUCGGCGACGUGUAUCGCAAGGUCAUGGGUGACGCACCUCUAGCGUAUGCCGAGACAGUGGGUGGCGUGAAGGUCUCCGAAGACGAUCCGGUUGCUGUCGGAAAGAACGACGUGUUGUCAUUCAAGGUGGGAAGAUGA